ACGAAUACUCUUUGCAAGUUCCAACUUCCAACUCUGCUAUCUUGUUAGUUGAAUACGUCAACCUUGUUAAUUCCACGCUUGACAAAACCAAAAUCAUUUGUAGUUAAUCAGGGUUCCAUUUAUUAUUCAGCGAAAUGAAGCAUAUUAAUUGUGCUUCUUUUUUAAAUUUGUUUGAGAUCACAUUCGCAGUACUGCUUCUCCUAUUGGCACCUUCUUAUGGAGCCAUCAACUAUUUAACCGAAUAUGAUAAAGUGCGACUAGGUCAGGUGAUUGCUGCAUCAUGGAGCUCUAACGAUCUUGCCAGUAUACAUUAUGCAGCUGCUGCCAGUAAGUUGUUGGGUCAAAAAAUUCCCAACUCUGAGUCUGUCUGCAAAUUUCUCCUUGAAACAGCCAAGACUCAGUCAAGCGUUGAAUCUUACUAUUAUACUGCACAAGCUUGGACUACAAUUGGAAAUUGUAGAGGUGCCUUUCCAACAAGUGAAAUUUCUAAGGUGUUUAAUGAUGUUAUGCAAAAAGAAACAUCGACAAUUCCUGAUCUUUAUUAUUCUGUCCUUGGAAUGAAAUCUCUUGGGCAACAAUUGAAGCAUAAUGCCAAAGUUGUAAAAACUGUGCAGUCAGGAUUAAAGAAGGAUGAUAGUAUUGUUAAUAUUGCUUACACAUUGCACAUAGCCUCACAGAUGAGUAAUGAAGGUGCAUUUGCAUUUGAUCGGAUAGAGGAUGUAUUAGUGCAAGCUGAUGAAAUUGAUGGGAGAUUUCUUCAGUUUGAAGGAGGGCUUUCAAUAACAGCAUUAGUUAUAAGUGGAAUAUUUAACUUGGCUGAGACAGUUAAAAAAGCUCCACUUAUCACACCACAACAAACAGUCAAAUUUGCCAAUUACUUUGUCUCACGCAAGUCUGUUCAGAGUGUGAAAGGAGUUCACAGCCUUAUAAAUGUGGUGACAAUCUUGUCGCAGAACAACUUUCAGACACAUGUCUCUCUCAGUAUUAUUGGGAAUGGGGCAGUAUCAGUUGAACAGCCCAGGAUCUCUGUCCUUGUAUGUGACCUCCUCGGCAACCCUAUCACUGUCCCGAUUGCAGUUACUCUAGAGCAGGCGACUAGGCUUUCAGAUGGAGUUGCUGUCAUCAGCAAUCGACAAUUUACCCAAACUUCUGAAAAAAUGGUUUAUUCAGUGUUACUUGUGGAACCUACGGGUGAAUUGCCAGGAACCUAUCGCUUGACAGUUAGUGUGACUGCCAGCGCAUCAUCUAAGCUCAUUGGAAACAUUGCAGUUCCACUUGAUGUAAAAGUCAUGGCACAGGCUGUUUUCCCUGAACCACUUCUAAUUGGUACUGCUGAUUCUGAUCAGAUCACUCAGCCAAAAUUCCACAAAGUUACUCACCCGAACAAGCUGAAGGAGGUUCUAGAAGUGGACUUUUUACAAAAGCUUGCGAUGAGGUUCUCUUUAAAAGAAAAGAUUACAGGAAAACCUCUCAAAGUGCAUCAAGCAUUUGUCAAACUACAACACAAAAAUUCCGGUCAGGAGGUAAUUUUUGUUGCCGAGAAAGACACUGGUGUUAUGUAUAAACUUGAUUUGGAUAUUGGAUCAAAAGUAAAUGAACUCGGUAAACUCUCAGGAUUGUAUUCUGUUGAUCUGAUAAUUGGUGAUACGAUUCUCACAAAUUCUUUCUCCUGGCAUGUAGCUGAUGUUAAGCUUAACUUGGGUACAGUUGAUAAAAAAAAACCUUCUACACAGUCAAUCUUCAAACCAAAACCUGAAAUUCAACAUUUGUUCAGAGAACCAGAAAGAAGACCACCAGUUUUAGUUUCUAACUUAUUCACUGGUUUAGUGUUUGUUCCUCUUUUAAUCCUUUUUGCAUUGUGGGCCAAACUCGGUGUCAAUAUUUCAAAUUUCAGUUUUUCUCUGAGUACAUUUGGCUUUCAUGCCGGUCUUGGAGCAAUCUUUUGUCUCUUCGGCAUGUUCUGGCUUAAGCUAAACAUGUUUGAAACACUCAAAUAUUUAUUGGUCCUUGGUCUCAUCACAUUUUUAUCAGGGAAUAAAUUGUUGGCUAACAUUGCAUCAAACCAGAAGAGAUAGAAGAUUAGAAGUUUUACAUUCUUUUUUUAAUGUCAGUUCUGCUGAUGUACGCAAGACUGCUUUGUUAUAAAUAAUUUUUUUUCA